AUGAUGGAAUGGCAACCACAGCGAUUCAAACACUUUGGAGAGGACAUCAUAGAAGAUGUUCUCCACGCCUACAGACUGAACGUAUAUUAUCAUGAAACUAGAGAAUCUUUUGACGAAUGGAUGAAAGCAAACGGCGGUGACACCUUCGAAGCUCGUAACCGGUCUCAGGUGCACAAGACUCAAAUGUUAGGUAUCGCUUAUGCAGAACACACAGCCAUUCAAUCGGCUGCUGAUACAAAUAGGGAGCUGGAGGAUCCACGAAUUCGCCAGGUGAGCCAGAAGGGGUAGCG